GGUUAUACUGGUAAUUCUUAAAGUUGAAAACAAGACACGUGUGUCGGGUAUUAUUUAAGUUGGAUUAUUCGUGAUGUGAAUUUCGUCUUUUAUGGCCCGUUCUGAAGUUAUUAAUGAUAUGUUAAUUUUGUGAUUAUUUUUUUUAACAAUAUUUGAAACACGAACAAUAUGCAGCCAGUUGUAGCGAGAUUAAGUGAAGCAUAUCUAAAAGAACUAGCAGGUCGUAAGGAUACUUAUGUUCAUUGCAAAUGUAUCAACCGUCACAUUAUUAUUGAACCAUCUGGACUAAGUGACAUUAAAGCAGCUGUUCGUAAAAAUUUGGAUGCCAUUGUAAAUAAAUAUGAUCAAACGUUAGGAGGAAUAUUUUUGGGUUAUUCCAACCUCAAGUUGAUACAGAGCAAAGGUCUGAUAUCCUACGAUGACAGCUUCGUUCAUCUGGAUAUAAGCGCAGACUUUUAUGUUUUUUCCCCUAAGGAAGGCAGCGUUCUCACAGGAGUGGUGACCAAGGCCAUAAAAAAUCACGUCGGCUGCUUGGUGCACAAAGUUUUCAAUGUGUCUGUGACCAACGACACAGAGCAAGAGGAUUGGUUUGGUGACACCGUUCAAGUUGGUCAAGAAGUUCAGUUUGAAGUGACUGUUCUUAAGAUGAGUGGUCCGUUGCCAUACAUCCGAGGGAAGUUUAGUGAAGUUUUCUCGUCUGGUCAACAUCAGAACAGGCAAGUAUUACAAGAAGAAGGAACCAUAAAGAAAAAAAAGGAAACAGGAACCAAAAAGAAAGCAAAGGAAAAACUAAAAUUACAAGUUAACAUUGAUGAUUGCAGCAGUGUACCAAAGAAGAAAAAAAAGAAAUUAAAAAGGGAACUAACAGAACUAACAGUUGGAGAGUUACCAGUAUUUGAGGACUUGCACAGAGAGUUACCUGAUAGGACAUCUUCGUCUCCGAAAAAGAAGAGAAAGAAGUUCGAAGCCAACACUGAUGAUUUUGAUCUUAACCAGGAGCAUAUAAAAAAGAAACAGAAAGUAGAUAAAUUGGCGUCCCCAGGAGAGUUGAAGUUGCCAGGUAAAGUUCAACAUGGUUUUGUACAUGCUGGUAGUGAAAAUAUAAUGGAAACCUUGCGUCAAGAUGAAGUCCGCAGCAGUACUGAAGUAGUUGGAAACUACUGCAUGACUAACCCGAUAAAAAAACACAAGAAGAAGGCAGCACCAAGCUCUCUACUUCAGGACUCCACCAAUGUUAAAAAUUUAUCACAGUUUUCGUCUGAUACAUCCAACUUUCUGUCGCCCAGUAAGAAGAAGGCAAAGAAAAGAAAUGAAAUAAAUGAUAAAAAUUUCUUGCAGCUAACUUCUGAUACUAAUUCUGCCAUAUCACAUUCAAAAGAAAAACAAAAUUCAGGUGUUAAACAUACUAUUGAAUUAAUUUCUCCGCUAAAAAAAAUUAAGAAGAGAAAGAAAGAUCAACAAGAUAGUGGUAUAAGUACGUAUGCAGAAGAUAAUGAAUCUGAUAUUGAAAGUAAGUCACUCAAGAAAGAUAAAAUAGUAAGAGAGUCAGAAAAUCCAGAGUGCAAUUAUGCAGUUAUUGACAAUGAGUGUAAAGCAGAUAUUACAUCUGCUGUGUCUCCAACUAGAAAGAAGAAGAAAAGUAAAACAAAGACACUGGAAUUUGAAUCAUUGCAUCCAGAAGAAAUUCUCAACACAAAAUCAGAAUAUAAUCUAACAAAAACUACAAAGGUGGGUAAGUUAAGACAAGAUAACAGGUUAAGUAUGUAUGUAGAAGAUAAUGAAUUUGAUGUUGAAAGUGAGUCACUCAAGAAAGAUAGAAUAGUAAGUGUGUCAGAAAAUCCAGAGAGCAAUUAUGAAGUUAUUGCCAAUGAGUGUAAAUCAGAUAUUUCAUCAGCUGUGUCUCCAACAAGGAAGAAGAAGAAAAGUAAGAAAAAGGCACUGGAAUUUGAAUCAUUGCAUCCAGAAGAAAUUCUCAACACAAAAUCAGAAUAUAAUCUAACAAAAACUACAAAGGUGGGUAAGUUAAGACAAGAUAACAGGUUAAGUAUGUAUGUAGAAGAUAAUGAAUUUGAUGUUGAAAGUGAGUCACUCAAGAAAGAUAGAAUAGUAAGUGUGUCAGAAAAUCCAGAGAGCAAUUAUGAAGUUAUUGCCAAUGAGUGUAAAUCAGAUAUUUCAUCAGCUGUGUCUCCAACAAGGAAGAAGAAGAAAAGUAAGGAAAAGGCACUGGAAUUUGAAUCAUUGCAUCCAGAAGAAAUUCUCAACACAAAUUCAGAAUAUAAUCUAACAAAAACUGCAAAGAUGGGUAAGUUAAGACAAGAUAACAGGUUAAGUAUGUAUGUAGAAGAUAAUGAAUUUGAUGUUGAAAGUGAGUCACUCAAGAAAGAUAGAAUAGUAAGUGUGUCAGAAAAUCCAGAGAGCAAUUAUGAAGUUAUUGCCAAUGAGUGUAAAUCAGAUAUUUCAUCAGCUGUGUCUCCAACAAGGAAGAAGAAUAAAAGUAAGAAAAAGGCACUGGAUUUUGAAUCAUUGCAUCCAGAAAUUAUCAACACUAAUUCAGAAUAUAAUCUAACAAAAACUGCAAAGGUGGGUAAGUUAAGACAGGAUAACAUGUUAAGUUUGUAUGCAGAAGAUAAUGAUUCUGAUAUUGAAAGUGAGUUACUCAAGAUAGAUAAAAUAGUAAGAGCAUCAGAAAAUCCCGAGAGCAGUCAUGAAGUUAUGGCCAAUGAGUGCAAAGCAGAUAUUACAUCUUCUCUGUCUCCAACAAAGAAGAAGAAUAGUAAGAAAAAGGAACUGAAAGUUGAUACCUUCAAAUGUGAAUCAUUGUCUUCUGAAGAAAUUCUCAGCAUAAUUUCAGAAGAUAAUCAUGAAUCUGAUCUACUCAAGAAAGAUAAAACAUCAAAAGAGGCUGAAAAUGCAGAGCCCAUCGAUACCAUUAUGGAGAGCAUUGAUGCAGUUAUCGCCAAAGUGUGUAGAGCGGAUAUUACAUCUCAGUCUCCCAUAAAGGAGAAGAAAAAGAAAAAGGAACAGGAAUUGGAGACCUUUUCAUCUGUAUAUAUUCCUUCUGAAGAUAAUCAUGAAUCUGAUCUGCUCAAGAAAGAUAAAACAUCAAAAGAGGCUGAAAAUUCAGAGACCAUUGAUACCAUUAUGGAGAGCAUUGAUGCAGUUAUCGCCAAAGUGUGUAGAGCGGAUAAUACAUCUCCUCAGUCUCCCAUAAAGAAGAAAAAGGAACAGGAAUUGGAGACCUUUUCAUCUGUGUAUAUUCCUUCUGAAGAUAAUCAUGAAUCUGAUCUGCUCAAGAAAGAUAGAACAUCAAAAGAGGCUGAAAAUUCAGAGACCAUUGAUACCAUUAUGGAGAGCAUUGAUGCAGUUAUCGCCAAAGUGUGUAGAGCGGAUAAUACAUCUCCUCAGUCUCCCAUAAAGAAGAAAAAGGAACAGGAAUUGGAGACCUUUUCAUCUGUGUAUAUUCCUUCUGAAGAUAAUCAUGAAUCUGAUCUGCUCAAGAAAGAUAGAACAUCAAAAGAGGCUGAAAAUUCAGAGACCAUUGAUACCAUUAUGGAGAGCAUUGAUGCAGUUAUCGCCAAAGUGUGUAGAGCGGAUAUUACAUCUCCUCAGUCUCCCAUAAAGGAGAAGAAAAAGAAAAAAGAACAGGAAUUAGAGACCUUUCCAUCUAAAUAUAUUCCUUCUGAAGAAAUUCUCAGCACAGAGUCAGAAUAUAGUUACACAAAAACUGCAGAGAUGAAUAAGAAAAAGAAGAAACAAGAGAUUGUUGGGAAUGAACCCAACCUCCAAUUGUUUCCUGAAUCUUUGCAAAACAAAUCUGGGGACAAUGUUUCUCAUCCCCCAUCCUCAAAAGUGGAUAAAACACCUCAGUGUUCCCAUACCAGUAUACUGAACUCUUUACUUGAUCAUGCCAGGUCACUGUUAAAAGAAUCUGCAAUAUUUCCUUUUAACACAAAUAUAAUGGAUAAGAAACAGAAAGUAGUUGCAAAUAGAGCUAAGAAAAACACUAAUAAAAAAGAAACGGAUACAAAAGAAGAUAUGUCUACGGCACUUAAAAGUGAGAGAGCUAAAUUUACGAGAAUAUUUCCUUCAGAUGUAUUGCAUUCAGGGCAUAACAUAAAUGAAGGGAAUUUAAAUGUUGGCAUUAGUGUUGCCCAACUUCUCUCUGCAGAAAGGCAUAAGUUAUCAACAUAUAAGGAAGAAGAUAGCUUCUCAAAUGAAGAUAACAGUAUUUUCGAAACUAAAAGUAAAAAAUCUAAAACUAAAAAAACUAGGAAAGAUUUAGUUUCACAUAAGUCUGACACAGGACUUGCAGCUUUAAUAAACACUGCAGAUACCAUGAGUGAUAAGAAUUCAAAACAUAAAAAGGUUAAGAGCAGUUUAAUUGAAGCCAGCAUACUUCAUAAGAAUGAUAAAGUAGGUGCAAGAAAGAAAAGGCACUCCAGUAAACGUAGCGCAACAUCAUCUCCUGAACGCACAAAACACCCUGAGCAGGCAGAAUUUACUGCUCUUUCACCAGAUUCAUUUAGCCGACCUCGAGAAUCAGUUAGGACUGAAUUAAGGAAGUCAUCAGAAAAACCUUCAGAGUCAUCAGGGUCAAGAUUACGGAGUUUUUCACUUUCCUCUGAAAAACAGACAAUAGGCUCUCCUCGGAAACAGCUUAGUGAAAAACCAUUAAUGAACAUGGUUCCAUCUUCUUUCCCAAAGUCACUAACAUCGUUCAACACGUGUAGUCUACAGCGUAGCCCGGAGCCAUGGCAACAGAUGAUCUGUGCAGAUCGAGAAGAAUCCGAUGACGAGAACAUGGAGGCCAUCUUCAAGACUCCGGAGUACUUCCGCAGCGACAGCAUGGCAAACGCAGAAGACCGGCGGACCCGGAAAAGCAACAGACGAAGCCUACUGUCGCUAAACAAACCUUCACAUCGGUUAGCAGCAGCAGGUCGGUUGCACGAGGACAGUAGCAGUGUGGAGAGCUCCCAAGAGGAUGAGCACACAAACAGGGGUCACGGUGAGGAACCAAGUGGGUUCCUUUCUCCAAAAUACAAGUCUAGCCCCACCAAGGAUGUGCCUGCAUCCAAAGGUAGCUCUCUCAAAUCUGCAGGCGAACUGAAAGAAUUAACUUCGCGGUUGUUGAGUCUGAUUCCUGAAAUUGUAGGAACCUCCUGUAAAAUCAAGGAGAAAGUAAGUGAUGUAAAUUCUGAAAGCAGUGCAACAAAAGUUGAAAUCCAGGAACAGCACAGUAGUAAAUUAUCUCAGUUUGCAAAACCAAGUUCAGAAUAUACUUUAAGACAGUCGCUAUCAGAGACUUCAAAGCGAAGUAGCAAACAAAGAAAAAAGAAAAGUGGACAGAAAACAUACAAAUAAACAUAAAAUCAGUAAACAUUCUAGCUGCUCCAAAUCAGGAAUCAGUGACAUUGAAAAAAUUUGGGAACUAUUAUUGAAAUCGUGCUUUACUUCAUUUAAGCAGAAUAAUUUUGUUGAAUUUGGAAUAGUGACAAACUGUUAAUUUGUCACAUUGCAAGGUUUUUAAGGGGUGUGUAUAAAUUAUGUUUUUUUUAAAUUCCUGAUUGGUACAUAAAUGUUAUGUAUGUAUUUUUUGAAAUAAUUGUGUUACAAUUGUACAGAAAAAUCUUUCAGAAGUGUUUUCAAUGUUCUGUAUAUAUGUAUAUAUAUAUUGGUUUUUUCAUUUGUUUCUCUUAUUGACUGAAUACAGAAUGUUAAGUUAAAAUAUACAAUUUUGCUACUUCUGCCUGUCAUUUUAUAGUUUUGAAAGAUUAUGACUUCACAUGCCUAAGAUUUAAAAAAAAAGCAGUGAUUAACUGUGAGAUAACAUUACUUAUUUUUAAAAAAAUCAACAUUCACUCUGUUGCUACUUAAAAGUGAAGUACAGACAUAAACAUCCACAUAACAUUUUUUAAAUUGUUUUAUUUAUUUAUUUACAUAUAUAUACUUGAAAUUUUUCUUUGAUUUUAUGUGAUUGUGAAAUAUUAAAGGUGUGUUGGUAAUGUCUCAAUGCUUUCAUGAAUGGUUAGGAUGUGAAGCAUGUUACCUUCAGAAAAGCAAAGUUAGCAUUCAGACCCUUUUGGAUACAAAUGCUUUAGCUGUAUUUCGAGCAUACUUGGUGAUGCUUGUUUACAUUUUUGUCUUAACCAUUCUAGGGCGACAGCGUCUCUCUUCUUUCCUACUUCUAAUUAACAAUGCCGUUUAAUUUGGUUGCUAACAGCAACCAAAGAGCUGUAAAGAUUUGCCAGUCCUUCCUCAGCUGUGAGGUAGUUGAAAGUGAAAUCAAUAAAGAUAAAAAUCAAUGUGUGUGUGUGCAAAUGUAUGGCAAAAUGGAUCGAUUUCCAAGGAACAACAAUUCCGAAGACCCUGAAAUUAAAUAGGUAUUGAUGCAGUGUUGUCUUAUAUAAUGGUCAAAAUUGGUUGUCCUCCUAACAUACAAAUCACAAACUGAUGCAAAUUAGUUAAGAACAAUAAUAAAUAAUAAAACAAAAACUGUAAGCAAUCUGACUGGUUACAAUGUGUAUGUGUGUGUGUGUUUGUUUACAUACAUACAUACAUACAUACAUACAUACAUGUAUAUAUAGUUUGUGAGUAAAUGUCAUGAAAUAAAUUUUUUAAGAUAAGGUAACUGGUUUUGUUACUUUUAAAAUGUGUGUUCAAUUAAUAAUGACCACCUAAUACUGAUCCAAAUAAUCUGUUUACUUAUUGAUAUAAAUGGUUGAUAUAUAUUUAAAUAUUUUUAAAGGAUGGAUAUUCACAGUUAAUCUAUGCACAUGCAUAUUCUAAAACAUGUGCUUGACUUUUAGAGAGGUGUUGUUUAGGGUUUCAAAGCUUAAAGAGGAUUAUGACAUGUACAGAUGAGUACCUUUGUGGUAAGAAUAGUAACAGUUAAGUAAUUUUUUGUAAUCAAAACAAUUUGUUUGUUCCUGUCAUAAAUUAAUUAUUUGUACGUUUUUUGUUGUAAAUGUACAUAUACAUAGUAUUUUUGUAGAAUAAAACUUUAGAACUUGUUAA